AUGGGUUCCAUCGACAUUCCGAAACAAUACACCGUCAAAGACCAGCAUCUAGGCAUAGCCAGACCUGUUAGAAUCGUUGUCAUCGGGGCUGGAAUAUCAGGAAUAGCGUUUGCGUACAAGGCCAAAGCACUCGAGAAGGUUGAGUAUGUCAUAUAUGAAAAGAACGCAGAUGUGGGUGGAACUUGGCUGGAGUCGCGUUAUCCAGGUUGCUCCUGUGACAUCCCGGCCCACUCAUACAGCUAUCCUUGGAUAGGAAACCCAUCCUGGUCCAAAUUUUAUGCUGGCGCAGAAGAAAUCUGGAAGUUCUACCGUGAGAGAGCCGAAGAAUAUGGGGUUUAUGACCAUGCAAAGUUCAAUCACCUAGUGGUUGGGGCGGAUUGGAAUGAAGACUAUGGGAGGUGGACAGUGAGGGUGGAAGACCUCGAGAGCGGGAAGAUAAUCGAGGACUCAGCAGAUGUUGUCAUCAACUGUGGUGGAGCGUUGAAUAAGUGGAAGUGGCCCGACAUUCCCGGACUUCACUCGUUCAAGGGAACCCUGGUUCACACCGCGCGGUAUCCCCAGGACCUCGAUCUCAAGGACAAGAGGGUUGCAGUUAUUGGCGCCGGUUCGUCCGCUAUCCAGGUGGUUCCUACCAUUCAACCAGUUGUGAAGACUCUCAUCAGCUUCGCUAGGUCUCCGACCUGGAUUGCACCACAGUUUGCAGGGCAACUGGCCCCAAAUGGACGUGCAACAACAUAUACUGAGGAACAGAAACAAAGGUUCCUCAACGACCCAGAACAUCUACUAAAGUAUCGCCAAGAAAUCGACCAUCUCAUCAAUGCUAGGUUUCCCAAUUUUUACAAAGGUUCUCCUGCCCAGAAAGCUGCGCGAGAGAUUGUGGAACAGGGAAUGAGAGACAGACUCACCAAACUUGAUCCGGAACUUCGUGAGAAACUUAUUCCAGAUUUCGAGGUUGGAUGCAGACGUGUGACGCCUGGAGAAGGAUACUUGGAAGCCUUACAAGAGGACAAUGUCGAAGUCGUCACAACGAUGAUCCGGGAGAUCAACCCGGAGGGUAUAGUAACUCUCGAUGGUAAGGGAUAUGAAGUCGAUGUGAUUAUUGCUGCCACAGGAUAUGACACGUCCUAUGUUCCUCCAUUCCCACUUAUUGGACGAAAUGGGGUGGAUCUCAGAGAGCGAUGGUCUAAGACAGGAGCUGAGGCGUACUUUACUUGUGCUGUACCAGACAUGCCGAACUAUUUCAUGGUAGUUGGUCCAAACACGCCGAUCUCGAACGGCUCCUUGAUGCCAGCGAUCGAGGCCCAACUCGAAUUUGCGUUGAGGUUUGUGAAGCGGAUCCAAUGCCAAGGGGUGAAAUCCGUGGUGGUGAGCCGGCAAGCCACUACCGAAUUCAACGAGCACAAGGACGCUGUGAUGGAGCUUUUGACGUUUUCUGGAAAUUGCAACAGCUGGUAUAAAGGCGGAACGAGCAAUGGCAGGAUCAUUGGACCGUGGCCAGGCUCGGUAAAUCACUUCAUGGAAUCUCUAAAAGAACCGCGGUUGCAGGACUUCGAAUUCACGUAUGAUACUCCCAACCGCUUCGAGUAUCUUGGAAAUGGCCUCUCCUCACGCGAGCUCAGGAAUGAACCACUCGGAUGGUACAUUCGGGCUUAG